UUAUGACCGGUGCGCACGCCUUGUUCGCCGAGAUGACGGGGAUAAUGAUUUAAAUAGUGAGGGGGUAGCUCCAAUUUUGGUGGCCUCGAUCCCCUCUAUAAAAUUAUCCACAUCUCAACUAGAAGAAUUUAAGCCAUAUUCUCAGAAUUUCACAGCUAACAAACCCAGAUAGAAGGAAGAUCACAUCUUUGCAUCACUCUCCCUUCCCCCUUUCAGAAGAUAUGGAUCUGAGGGACAUAGAGUCCACUCUUCCACCAGGGUUCAGGUUCUACCCGAGUGAUGAGGAGCUGGUCUGCCACUAUCUCCACAAGAAGGUUGCCAACGAAAAAGUCUCUGGAGGGACCUUGGUGGAGGUGAAUUUGCAUACUCGCGAGCCAUGGGAGCUUCCAGAGGUGGCUAAGCUAAGUGCGAACGAGUGGUACUUCUUCAGCUUCCGUGACCGUAAAUAUGCGACUGGGUCGCGCACAAAUCGGGCAACGAAGUCUGGAUACUGGAAGGCGACCGGGAAAGAUCGUACAAUCUACGAACCUGCAACCCAUGCAAUCGUGGGGAUGAGGAAGACGCUGGUCUUCUAUCGUGGAAGAGCUCCAAAUGGGAUAAAGACCGGCUGGGUCAUGCACGAGUUCCGGCUAGAAAAUCUACACGCACCCCCCAAGGAGGACUGGGUGCUGUGCAGAGUCUUUCACAAGAAGAAAGGGGAUGCAGUGAAUCACAGCCUGGAGAAUAAUGAUCAGGACAACAACAUGGGCUGCUUCUCAUCAGUACAUUUGGAGUCAUCCCCUCUGAAUGACCAUCCCAUGGCGGAUGGGUGCUAUGAGCAGAUGGUCCCACAUCAGGAGGGCAACAGCUCAAACACCUUCCUCAACUUGGCGGUAUUGCACUACAACUUCCUUGAUUUUCCGCAAGAGACGGACAGCACAACCAUGACUGGAGUGGACUCAAGAGGUGGUGAGGAUGAUUUCGGGUUGCUGCUGGAUGUGGGCAUAGCAGACCAUGACUUGGUGGAGGGAGGGAUGGCGAAUAUGGGAGGUAUGAAGUUUCUUUUUUGAUGAUAUGGGAGGUAUGAUGUUUCAAAGAGGCACAGAUCAGCUUUUCUUCUAGUGUUUUACAAAUCUUGACAUGUCUAUUGAUUUGGAUUGAAGAGUGACAGAGAUGGCCAUAUGUAGAUGUUGUGAUUGUUGAUUUGAAAGAUUUGUGCUAUUAUUUGUAGAUAACACACUUCACAUUAUAGGAAUUUCAUGUACAAUUAUUUUUCAAUUAGAAUAAAUUAUUUAUUUCACA